UCGUGCGUUUAAUAUCAGUCGGUUGUAUCUAAUCUCAAUUUGAAGAACGCUUGCAUUUAAUUUAAAAAAAAUGGACGGCUGUUUUGGUUAUCACGAGCUGAAAGCAUUGGAGGAAUUAAUCAAUCCUACGAAAAACGAUUCAGAUUCCGAGGAUGAUUUACCACAGGCUGGUGCCCGAAAACUUGGACCUGGUGAUAUCGGUACUGAAAAUGGGAAAUCUCAAGACCAUUUGGGUCCACAUGCACCGCUGAAAGCGGAAGGCGAUGAUAUUUGGCAUCCGUCUGAAGCAGCCGUGUCGGAGAAUACGGAAGUCUACGAUCCGAGAAAAGUUCCGGAAUAUGAGAUGAAAUUUAAGCAGGCAGUGACGGCGGAAGAUGUUUUUUUGGGUAUGGGAUUCAAAACUCCAGGGACGGCGUCCUGCGAGUGGUUAUCCGUGUUGGUGAGGAUGCCGCAGGAAGCGCGCGAGAAAAUCGAGCUGUCUGUGGAAACUGAGGCGAUCGACGUACGGAGUCCAAGAUAUCGAUUGCAUCUCAAGACGCCACAUUCGGUCGAUCCUAAUGCCUCAUCGGCUAAGUGGCACAGUGACACUUCCACGUUGGAGAUCAUUCUCAGGCUUGUACGCGAACUGGACAACGUGAAUUUUUAAUCAACGUAACGGUAGGCAUUUUCGUUUCUGUAAAAACAAUCAGAGGAAUUCUUCUAUGUUGAAUGCAUUUCGGCA